GUCCAUCCUUUCAGCUCUCCACCUGAUCAGCCUCCGCCUAGUCAGAGUCAGUUUACCUGCCUUCACCUUUUCCUUCAGUCCCGGAGUAUACUUUCUCUCGUUUCUCGUUAAAUUUCUUUCUUUGAUACCCCUUAUCUACUUUUACUGUGUAGCCCGUUCCUUCAGUCAUCAUGGUGUUCGCCCGUCUGACCCAUUACGCUUUUGACGCGGUGCUUGUCUCCGCCUUCCUCGCCGGCGUCAAGCGCUCAACUGGUCUCACCCCCAGCCUCGACUCCGACAAGAUCACCGAGAACAAAGACUUUAAGAAGUGGAUCGACAGCUACCUCGGCGUGGGCGAGUGGGUGAUGGAUCAGAGUGUGUUUGUUUUGGGGUCGUCCGGGUGGUUUGAGCGGAAGAGGUGA